AUGGCCUCUCAUCCCCCUACCAUCGACGGCGUGGAGCCGUGUGCAGAACCGGAUAUCUUGACCAGCGAUGACAAAGAAGCCAGCGAUAAGGUCCAAGAGUUACACAAGAUCAAAGAGUCGCACCAGUGGGAUCCAAACCUACCCCAGGAAAAGAUCGAUGCAAUCAAUGAGGCCAUCAAGACUGACGACCAGGAGAAAGCUGCCGAGUUGGACAAAUCUUUCCAGGAAGACUCCCCAUACGAGUCUGUGCGUGCGGCCGUGCGCAAUACGGAUGGAGGUGAAGUUGCGAACACAGUGCGCGCCUGGGUGCUUGGGAUGUUUUUCACGACUCUUGGGAGUGGAUUGAAUAUGUUCCUGAGCAUGCGGUGGAUCAUGGCAAAUGUCUCAAUUGGGUACGCCUACUGCACAGAUGCCCUCUUGGCUCUCAAAGCCGAGCCUCUGUACAACCUGGAUAUUGGAUGGGGGUUUCAACUUCUGUUUGCGCUAAGCAGCCAGAUAGUCGGCAUCUCGCUGGCUGGCAUUUUCCGUCGCUUCCUUGUGUGGCCUGCUGCUAUUAUGUGGCCCGGACAAUUUGCAAACACCUCUCUAUUCUAUGCUCUUCACGAUAAAAGUCGAUCGGAUGCCAGCGAGACCAAUGGCUGGAGUAUUUCACGCUACCGAUACUUUCUGUAUGUGAUGCUAGGAGCAUUUGCCUGGUAUUGGGUACCUGGAGUCAUAUGGCAGGGGUUGUCUGUUUUUGCUUUUGUCACCUGGAUUCGCCCGAACAAUGUUGUUGUGAACCAGUUGUUUGGGGGCUUCACGGGACUUUCGCUAAUUCCCAUAACUUUUGACUGGACCUAUGUUUCAGCAUACCUUCUGGACCCACUACUCGCACCUGCCCAUGCUAUUGUGAACACUUUCAUUGGACUUAUGAUUUUUGUCAUCAUUACAACCAUUGGAAUCUCUUAUACUGGCGCCUUUUACUCUGCUUAUCUUCCUAUCAACACCGCCGAGACCUACGACAACACACAACAGCUUUACAAUGUCUCCCGCAUCCUAGGACCUAACUUUAGCUUUGACGAAGCAAAAUACAAAGCUUACUCGCCAAUGUUCCUCGCUCCGACGUUUUUGUUGAACUACGGACUCUCAUUCGCCGCUCUCACAGCGGUUAUUGUUCAUAUAGUCCUCUUUCAUAGAAAGGAGAUUUGGCAUCGUCUUACUGCUGCUCGAAACCAAGAGCCCGAUAUCCAUCUAACUCUGAUGAAGGAGUAUAAGGAGGCACCUGAAUGGUGGUAUUUGGCGCUGUUUCUGGUCUCCGUUGCAUUGGGACUAGGUGGUGUUCUAGGAUAUGAUUCACAGCUCCCUUGGUGGGGCUUCUUUGUGUCCAUUAUUGUUGCUCUAGUAUUUAUUAUCCCCACUUGCAUGAUUCUUGGGAUUACCAACGUCCAACUGUCGCUUAAUGUUAUUUCUCCAUUUCUGGCUGGAUAUAUGAUUCCAGGAAAGCCCAUUGCUGUUAUGGUAUUCAAAGUAUUUAGCACCAUUACACUCGGACAAGCCCAAGUUUACUGUUCAGACCUCAAGCUCGCCCAUUAUAUGAAAGUCCCGCCCCGCAUUACUUUCUGGUGUCAAGUUAUUCCGACCAUCUGGGCAUGUUUCGUUCAGAUUGCUGUCAUGAAUUGGACUUUGGGUAAUAUUGACCAAGUCUGCACCCCUGACCAAUCCGCUCAUUUUACCUGUCCCAAUGGUAGAGCAUUUUUCUCAAACAGCAUUACAUGGGGAGUCAUUGGCCCACAGCGCAUGUUUGGUCCGGGCGCUAUAUACAACAAGGUCCAAUGGUUCUGGUUGCUCGGAGCUCUCCUCCCAGUAGCCUUCUACAUUCUUAUUCGGGUCUUCCCGAGAUCAAAACUCAGGCUUUUGAACGCACCUGUGAUGCUUGGAGCCAUGGCAUGGCUGCCCCCAGCCACGCCAAUCAGCUACUUUUCGUGGGUCAUAUUCGGUCUUCUCUUCAACUACUAUAUUCGUAAAAGGUGGAGCGGCUGGUGGCAUAACUACAACUACAUCACAGCUGCAGGUCUUGACACUGGUCUCAUUCUAUCUACCAUUGUUAUAUUUUUUGCGAUCAGCUUCCCGGACGUGAGCGUUCCGAAUUGGUGGGGCAAUACUGCUCCGUUCGAGACAAUGGACUAUUUGUAUACUGCCAUUCGAAAGACUGUCCCUAAGGGAGGGACAUUCGGACCAGAAACCUGGUAA